AUGAAGCGCUUCCUACGUCUGAACCGGCGCGAGAGUGAGCAAGAGAGCCCAUCUGGCUCCGACAGCGAACCAUCCCACCCCGGGGACUCCCCCGAGGGCAUUAUCCUAAAAGAAAUUACAGCCUUUUGCGAAACCAGCGGUGCCCCGCAACACGGCUCGACCGCCGGAAAUGAAUUCGUCCACCUGCCCCUCAUCGUCGAAACUGCCGAAAGCAGCCCCGGCGCCGCCAAGGAGGCCGCCCAUCGCAUUCGCAGGUACCUCUCCGCGCCAGACAAAACCCCGAACCACGUCCAGUACAACUCGAUCAUGCUCAUGCGCAUCUUGGUCGAUAACCCGGGCCACACGUUCACGCGCAACAUUGACUCCAAGUUCGUGGCCACGAUCAAGAUCCAGCUCAGGCAAGGGCGCGACUGGCAUGUGCAGCACUAUCUGCGCCAAUACCUGACCACGCUGGAGACGCAGCGUCACUGGGACCAGGACCUGACGCCACUGUUGCAGAUGUGGAGUAAGGAGAAGCACAGGGCUACGUCGUCAUGGACGGACCGCCGACCGAUGGGAGGAUCGUACCUGCCGAACCCGCAGCAGCCGCAAUACCAGAAUCAAAAUUACUACUCGCGCCCGCAGGCACCGCGCAACGUGCUGCCUGGCCCGGAUGAGCUAGCGGCUCGCGUUAGCGAGUCGCGCAACUCCGCCAAGCUGCUCACGCAGUUCGUGCAGUCGACCCCGCCGACAGAGAUGGAAAGCAACGACCUGAUCAAGGAGUUCACGGACCGCUGCCGGACUGCUUCGCGCGUCAUCUCGGGCUACAUGCAGGCGACGAACCCGGCCCCGGACGACGAGACCCUCCUCACCCUGAUCGAGACGAACGACGAGCUCUCCGUGGCGCUCUCGCAGCAGCAGCGCGCAUUGCUGAAAGCGCGCAAGGCCCGCGGCUCUGUCAGCCAGAGCCCCAAUAAUAACUCCUCCGGCGAGCGCAGCCCGCAGUCAAACAACAACAACCAUUAUGCCGUUGCGUCCGGCGCUAUUGGGCCCAUGGCGGCGAGUGCCGCGCCCCGCUUGAAUAACGAUGUGCCCUCGCCUUUGAUAGAUAUGGAUGAUGCCGCAGAGCCAGCGCCCAGCUCGCGACCAACUGCCCCCAGAACUACGAGCCAGCGGUAUGAGUAUAACUCGGAUGAGUUCCAAGUGCAGAAUCCCUUUGCCGAUGACUUUGCCACGAAUGACUCCGAUUCGAAUCAUCCUCAUAGCACGACAACGAAGGAGCCUAAUGGUCCUGUUGGGGUUGUGGCUACUGAGCAGGAGCGUUGA